UCAGAGCAUCCCUAAUGCAAUGUAUUCACAGCAUGUCCUCAAACAGGCAGGUAAAGAAAGAUAAAACACUUACUCACAUAAUCCUUUAAUCAAUGCCUGUUUCUGUCCCUUAGGUGGAAGAGAAUGUGCAGAAUCACAUGACCUACUCUCUUCAGGAUAUGGGUGGAGAUGCCAACUGGCAGCUGGUAAUAGAAGAAGGAGAGAUGAAGGUGUACAGGAGGGAAGUGGAGGAGAACGGUAUCGUGCUGGAUCCUCUCAAAGCCACGCAUUCAGUGAAGGGCGUGACGGGACACGAGGUCUGCCACUACUUCUGGGACACGGCGGUCCGAAUGGACUGGGAGACCACUAUUGAAAACUUCAACGUUGUGGAAACGCUCUCUGAUAACGCCGUCAUUGUUUACCAGACGCACAAGAGAGUGUGGCCGGCCUCUCAGAGAGACGUGCUCUAUCUGUCAGCCAUCAGGAAGAUCCUGUCGACCAAUGAGAACGACCCCGACACGUGGCUGGUGUGCAACUUCUCUGUGGACCACAACGAUGCCCAGCCCACAAACCGGUGCGUUCGUGCCAAAAUCAAUGUUGCUAUGAUCUGCCAAACGCUGGUCAGCCCACCAGAGGGGGAUAAAGAGAUCAGCAGAGACAACAUCCUUUGUAAGAUCACCUACGUUGCCAAUGACCCAGACAGCUCCCGCGCCCCAGAAAAUGCUCGGCCCUCUUGCUCCGUGUUCAUAUUCCGCUUUCUGUUCCACCUCGUCCAGUCUCAAGGUCCAUGUCCUUCAGUUCGCUCCGCGUCUGAACCCAUAGCAGUUCCCGGGUGCGCCUGCCUCUGCCUUCCUCGGAGGCCUCUCUGUGUUUGGGCGUUCUGCUCCAUGGUUUUCUACAGCUUUUCGAAGUCUCCAGUUGGAUUGUUCCAGCUUUAUUCUGGAGCUCGUUGUAACCUUGCUGCAAGCGCCUUAGCGUCUCUACCCAUCUCGCUGAUCCUCUCCUGCGUACUUGAUUGCAGUUCCCCUGCAGCUGCCGGCCUCAGCUGCUUCUCCCUCAGCAGCUCCUUCCAGCUGGCCCGCUCUCUGCUCUGA